AUGGCCUCGCGCGAGGGCAUCGCAGUUCCCGGAUUUGCAGAGACAGACACGGCUUUCCCAGGCUUCGUUUCAGUGCAGAGAUUGAGCCGUCGCCUUGGGAAGUCUGAUGUACGUGUGCAACUCAAGCUCGAGCGCUACUUCGCACAAGCGAAAGGCGGACUGCUGGCAGAUGCCGUCGGCUAUGGCAAAACUGCAUCUGUUCUGGCCUUGAUCGCAUUGUCACGACCGACUUCCCCAGCGAAGCCACCGACUGAUCAAGCGCCGCGGAUCGGUUCCCGUGCUACACUCGUGCUGGUUCCGUCCAACCUGUUUGAGCAGUGGCAGAAUGAGAUCAAAAAGUUCCUAAGCGAGAGCACCAAGGUCGUCUCCAUUGCCACGAUUGCGGACCUACGGAAGGCGACGGUUGGACAGCUGCAGUUAGCCGACAUUGUGCUGGUCAGCUGCCGUUUGUUGGUCUCCAAGAAAUAUGAGGAGCAUUUGGAUGCAUUGUCCGGUCUUCCGGUGACCCGCCAGACUGUUACCAGUGGUCAGAAGCUCUUCGACGAUGCGAUGCGGAAAUGGAACGUGCAGAAACUGCGCCAUGACCAUGAAAGGGCGCUCCACCAGAUGGGAAUUCAGAUGGACCUUCCAGGUGGCCUACAAGUUCGAACACCAGAUCCUGGACCUCAACCGCAGCUCUCGGCCUUCAAGGAGAAAGUUGAGACCAAGCGAUGCGAGGCCACGGCCGAGCGCUUCUGCCGGCGCCGAGAGGGCCUGCUCCAGCGCACGAAAGAGCUGCUGGAGCUCGGCCAGGAUUUGAAAGAUCUCACUGCGCCUCCCCUCGAGAUCUUCUUCUGGCACCGCUUGGUGGUCGACGAGCUUCACGAGCCGCUUCGUGUGCUGCGGGAUGCCGCUGGCCUCCGCCAAGAGGGGCCAGGCCUGGGAAUGGGCUGGCGGGCCUUGUCCGGUGAUGCCCGGAGUCUGUUUCACAAUCUGGAUGGGCUAGAGGCGCGAAGCCGCUGGGGUCUGACAGCGACUCCUCCGACGAACAGUGCUGCGGAAAUUUCCUUCCUGGCUAGUUUCCAUCGCGUGUUCGUGCCCCGAGACAGUGAUCUGGAAGCGCAGCAUUACCUUGACGAAUACCUCCGCUCCAAUGGUCUCGAUGUUUCUGGGAUACCGAUCACAUAUCACCUGAUCCCCGUCCGUCCCACAGGUGGCGAGAGAGCGCUGUACCUCAACGCUUGCUUUGACAAGGGCAACUUCCAGGCACUUCUUCAGUUGUGCAACUACUUCUCGCCAGACGGCACUGAUGCAGACAUGGCAUCAGCAAUCAACUCCACUCGCGAAGGCAAUCGAUUUGCCUUGGAAAGGCAUCGCUCGGACAUGGAGAGGGCCGAAGAUGAAAUCCACCGGCUCCAAACCGAAGAAUCUCAAGGCUUCCCAGCUGCGCGAGAUGAGGAGGACCUCAAGAAGCGCAAGGCCAAGCUGAAACGUCUCUUGGAUGCCCAGCCCGCACAACGCGAGAAAGAGCGCCUGCUGGAGAGCCGCGUGAAAUACUUCGAGGAGGUUCUUCAGCACUUGGAGAAGUUGGAGCAGGACAAUCUCGACUGCCCAAUUUGCCUGGGCACAAUCGAGACGCGAGAUUGUCAAGUGACAGCCUGCGGCCACCUCUUCUGCAAGGAAUGCAUCAUCAGUUGGCUAGGCAAGCGGGGAAAGUGCCCCACCUGCAACACGCAGCUGCAGCUGCCCGCCGGGGUGGCUUCAGCAGAGGAUGUGCUGUCACGGCAGAAGGAAGCCGCCUCCAAGGGCCGCAUUGCGCGCUUUGGAUCUAAGAUUGAGGCUGUGUGCACCCAGCUCAAUAGCAUCUGGAGAAGCGAACCCGGGGCGAAGGUCAUCAUCUUUGUUCAAUUUGAGGUCUUGUUGAAGAAGAUGGAGCACGCCCUCGCGGAGCUCGACAUGCCAUGCCUGACCUUGAAGGGGACGGUCUUUGAGCGGCGGCGGGUGAUUCGGCGCUUCCACGCCGAAGGGAAGGAGAACGAGAUCCUAUUGCUCUCGUUGGAAAGAAGUCCAUCUGGCAUGAAUCUGGUCUGCUGCCACCACCUGCUGCUGGUUCACCCGAUGGCUGCCGAGAGCCGGGAUGCUGCCUUGAGCUUCGAGCGCCAGGCGAUUGGCCGAGUGAGGCGACAGGGCCAGAAGCACGACGUUCAUGUGUCCCUUGUCUCAUCGCACGGGCUCAGGUACCGGUUCUACGUGCGUGAAACAAUGGAGGAGCUCGCACACGAGGAAAUGGUGCACAAGCACCAUCAAGAAUUGCUAAAUGGCAAGGAAGACCCGCCCAAGAAUGGGGAGGGCGCAGAUACCACGGGCAGCAGUGGCGGCAGCAACGAGAUAUCCAGGCCAGAUAUGGCCUUCCGAAAGCCAAGCUUCGUGAUUGGAUCCGCUGUAUCCGGUUUCGUCGACGUCUCCUCCGGGUCUCAUGAACUUCUCUAG